GUUGCAAGACGGGAAAAUUUCAACAUUGGGGAUUCCCACCACGUCUAUGAGAAAUUCGGCAUCUGAUGAAGCGACCUAUUGGAUAUAAAAACGCGGCAGAAGGCAUCUCGUACGUCCUCAGUUCGACUUGGAAAGUGCAGAGCAAGUCUCCCCACGAAACUGCCACUAUGUUCAGGCUCAUCGUUGCUUCGCUUCUCGUCGUCUCCUCCUUCGGGAGGGUGGUGAGGAAGCCCAUGUUGGACGGGAGGAUCGUCGGAGGGGACGACGCGAUGGAGGGAGAAAUCCCGUGGCAGGUCUCACUGGAAUCAUUCGGCAGCCACAUUUGCGGGGGAUUUAUCCUCGAUGAGAUGAACGUCAUCACCGCAGCCCAUUGCUGCGAUGCUGUCUCCUCGUUCACUGUUGUAGCGGGAGAACACGAUCGAUCUGAGACGAGUGGGAAUGAAGUUGAGAUCGACGUUGAGAGAAUGGUCCCGCAUGAGGAUUACAACGGGUUCGACCUCACGGCGGACAUCUGUCUUCUCCAUCUGGAAUCCGCCUUGGAAUGGAGUGAAUUCAUCUAUCCUGCUGAGAUGCCCGCACAGUUCCAAGACUGGGAUGAUGGUGAUAUGAUGACCGUUUCCGGUUGGGGAUCAACAUCGGAAGGAGGAUCCUUGCCUGAUAUCCUUCAAAAGGUGGACGUCGCCGUCGUGAGUGACGCAGAUUGCGAUGAUUACUACAGUUCCUUCGGAGGCAUCGACUUCGAUGCACAUAUCUGCGCUGGCAACAUGCCAGAAGGUGGCGCCGAUUCCUGCCAGGGUGACUCUGGAGGACCAAUGUUCGAAACGGGAGGAGGAAUCGUGUCCGGAAUCGUGUCGUGGGGAGUUGGCUGUGCUCGACCUGAAUUCCCUGGUGUCUACUCUCAACUCGCCACUUACAUGGACUGGGUUGAGGAGAACAGACAGCGAUUUUAAAUAAGGGAUUCAAUAAAAUCUAAGAAGCAAUAUGCACAUGUUUUAUUUAAAAUUUUCUCAGAUAGCUGGAUACGAGCCCU